UGUUGACUAAUGAAACGGUCGUCGAACCUCUGAAUCAAACCCAGCUCCACUCACUUUCCGCGAAUUUUCUCUGUACUUUCGUGCAUUUUAAUGUGGUAAAGGUUAAUAGCUCGCAGAAUGGGGAGGAAGGAAAGAGAUCAUUUGUUAAGAAUGGCCGGCAAACGAAAAACAGAGGGGGAGAAAGCCUUUCUAGAGAAUGGAAGCAUGCUAUUGGAGAAGCUGGUUGCCGCUUGUAAUGGUAGGCCUAUGCCCAUCCGUAUCUUCUCUUACCGAGAGCUCGUGUCUGCAACCAACAACUUUGAUCCAGGGCUUGUUCUACGCGUUGACGCGUACUACAUAUGGUACAAGGGUUCUCUUGAAGGGCGAACCAUUUCCAUUAAGAAAGAUGGAAGUAAUCCAUGUCCGAUCGAGAGUAUCUUCACCGACAUCGCUAUUUCUGCAAAGAUUAGGCCUCACAAGCAUGCUGUGAAGCUAAUAGGAUGCUGUCUCGAGACUCCAUUUCCCAUUUUAGUGUAUGAAUCUAUCACGAAUGGGACUCUUGCUGCUCGAAUUUAUGCCUCCGAUGAUGAUGGAGUUCCCCAACAAAGACGGCCUAUGGCGUGGCAGAGGAGAUUAAAGAUUGCGAGGGACAUAUCUCAUGCGAUUUCGUAUCUCCAUACUGCCUUCUCCAGACCCAUAAUCCAUAGGCAAAUAUCCGUGUUUUCUAUCGUCUUUGACCAACAUGAUGUUCCCAAAUUGUCAAACUUUUUUGAUUGCAUAACAAUUCCCGAGGGUGAAACCUGCGUACGAGUUUCGUUUUCUGGGUAUGGCCGAGGUUAUCAAUGCCCGAACUAUGUUCAAACGUCCUACGUAACAGAAAAGACUGAUGUCUACAGUUUUGGUGUACUUCUUCUAGUUCUUUUAACAGGACGACGUGCUCUUCACAUGGUAGAGUCCGUAAGAAACCGAAGAAUAAACGAGAUCGUGGAUGCUGCAAUCUUGGCAGAGGGGGAAGUAGCAGGUAUGGAGCAACAAUUGCAAGCAGUGUUGCAGUUGGCUCUCGUAUGCGUAGACUUGGAACCAGAGAUGAGGCCAACUAUGGUUGAUGUUGCAAAAGAACUGCGGCUGAUUGACAGGACCCAAAAGUGUCAGUAGAUCCCGAAAAUCAAUGUGCCACGCCUCCAGCCGGAGGGAAAUCCGAUUCACUCAAAAUCUCCACUGGAUUAGACCACCCUUGAGCUCUGUAUAUCUGCUGAGCUUUGACACGUUUCUGGUGUGCUAACUUAUCUAGUCACGGGAUACUAUGAUCCAUGGCACAACUGUGCCUCCCAACACUAAAUAGUAUAAACAGCCUGGGGUGAGAAUGGCGAGCAUAUUUGGACCUUAGGGAAUGGGCUUGGGAGGUGAAAAAGAAUCCUAUUAUUUGUUUUGCAGAAAAUAUAUUUGCAAUUGUCCCCAGAUGCCAAUCGUCUAGACUCUAGCAUCCCUCCAUAAAUCUAAACAGCACUUCAUACCUUACACAAAAUCACUGCCCCAUGCAAGAAACAGAACUUGCGAAAAUUCAGUCUCAAAUAAUUGAAGUAGAGACGGUACUUUGCAUCAGGUUAAAAUUACAUGCUCUAUGCAGAAGAGAAGCAUAGAGAAUUUCGCAAAAGACUUGUCAGUGAAAUCCAGGGCAUUGGACUUGAAUCAGAAUCAAGGCUAAUGCAACUACACCGUUAUCCAUCUAUAGGACCAUACAACCUGUUUUAAGAUCCAUGCAAGUGAACAUAUUAUUUCAAGAUUCA